AUGGUCAACGGCAAUAUUACUUUCGACGACUACCUGGGUCUCCAGAAAUGUCUUGUCGAGUGGGCGGAUAGCUACGACAGCAAGAAUUGGGAUAGACUGAGAAAAUGUAUCGCUCCCACAUUGAGGAUCGACUAUCGCUCUUUCCUCGACAAGCUAUGGGAGGCCAUGCCAGCCGAGGAGUUCAUCGCCAUGAUCUCAGACAAGGCCGUUCUCGGCGACCCUCUCCUGAUGACCCAGCACUUCAUCGGAGGCACAAAGUGGGAGAAAAUCAGCGACACAGAGGUCAUCGGUGUGCACCAGCUCCGUGUCCCCCACCAGAGAUAUACCGACGAGACAAGGACAAAGGUUGCCGUCAAGGGUCAUGCACACAGCACCAACACUCACUGGUAUCGAAAGGUCGAUGGCGAGUGGAAGUUCGCCGGCCUCAACCCCGAGAUCCGAUGGGGCGAGUUCGACUUUGAUAAGGUGUUUGCAAGCGGGCGUGAUGCAUUCGGCGAUGAGACAAAGACUGAGGAUGCAAGGGCAGAGGGUAUACCAGGGAAGCUGCAAGAGCGUGUGACAGUCACCGCAAUCUAG